CCUUUAGCAUGCACACAUUCUUACAUGAUGUAUUAAUUGUGCUCUAAUAAAAUCCUUAUACAUGUGAUCAAUUUGAAAAAUUAAUUUUAGUUUUUAUUAUAUGAUAAUCAAUUUAAAAAGAAGGGAGUACUAUCUUAACUGCACUAAUGAUUGGUGGCCAAGUGAUUUACAACCUCUGAUGCCCAUCGUAAAAUCCCAAGCUGUUUUAGCCUGUGCUAAGUCAAAACUGUCAGCCUACCAGGCAGUUUGUAACUAACUGCAAAUAUGGUAACCAACCCGCUGGCUGAUAGGCGGGGCCGACCGUUCGCUCCGGCCCCACCUGUCAGCCAGCGCAUGAUCUCUACUCUUUUUUAUUUAUUAGGAGGUUGCUGCGCUGCGGAGGCUGCAUGCAUUAGCGCGGAAAUUCUCAGGCUCGCCGUCGACGAGGAGGAGGAGGAAUCGGGAGGAGAUCCGAGAUGGCGGCGAGGGAGACGUCGCGCCACGCGUCGCUCUGCCUGUGGCUCGCGCUCGUCGCCGCCACCCUCUCUCUCGCCCAGGCGGUAGAAUCAGAAGCCGAAUUGACCAAGGUCACCACCAAGGUCUUCUUCGACAUCACAAUCAAUGGCAAGCCGGCAGAUUGUUUCUACUUGGUUGUUAUAGGUCGGAUUGUCAUGGGGCUUUUUGGAAACACUGUUCCUAAAACAGCAGAGAACUUCCGAGCAAUUUGCACAGGUGAGAAAGGACUUGGCAAGAGUGGCAAACCUCUCUCCUACAAAGGAACGCCAUUCCACAGGAUCAUCCCAGGCUUCAUGAUCCAAGGAGGCGACACCGUGAGCGGCAAUGGAACCGGCUGUGAUUCGAUCUAUGGUGGAAUGUUCCCUGAUGAGAACUUCAAGAUCAACCACUCUGCACCAGGGUUGCUGUCCAUGGCCAACUAUGCGAAAGAUACAAACGGAUCCCAGUUCUUCAUCACCACCGUAAAGCUAACCCGGUUGGAUGGGAAGCAUGUUGUGUUUGGCAAGGUGCUUUCUGGAAUGGACGUCGUCUACAAGAUUGAAGCUGAAGGCAGUCAGAGUGGUACUCCACGGUCCAAAGUCCUCAUAUCAGACAGCGGCGAACUGAAGUGAUCUUCCAUUAACAGAAGCUUAAUAACGAGCUGUACUUACUUACCGUGAAUUCCUAUCAUUGGAGUAUGUGUGCACGUCAUUAGUGCCAUGCAUUGUUUGGAGCCUGUUUCUGCUGAUUAUAAUGUGACCUGCUUUGUGUAAUUGUUGUAAAAUGAGAGUGUUCUCUCAAUAUUUUCCCAUGGCAAUUCAGAUUGGAUAUGCAAUGCAAGCUUAUAUACAUGCGAACA